AUGUUUGCCGCUCCCCGCCUCCCCUCAACAACACUCUUCCUCUCCAACGCCCGACCUUUCUUCUUCGCCUUCACCCGCCGCCUCCACGAGUCCCUCCCACGACCGCCCAUACCCCCGGUAACCAAAAGGACACCAGAUGUAACUACAUUCCUCAAACAAAUCGGUCGGAACACAAUCCAGCACGCGCCAAAGUUCGAGACGUGGGAGCAGUUCUUCUCGCUGACGUCCAAGCAACUGCGAAAUUUGGGUGUUGAGCCGCCAAGGGAUCGGAGGUACAUCUUGCACUGGAGGGAGAGGUACAGGGUGCUUAAUGGGGAUGUCGUGCUCAAGGAGCAUAAGAGGGGUGUUAAGGUUGAUGGUGGGGAGAGGAGGCGGGCCUCGGUUUUGGCCAAGAGGAGGGCGGAGGAGCGGAAGGAGCAGAGGAAGGGUGCCCGAGAUGGGGCCGAUUCUGAGAAGGGGAAGUACCUUUAAGAGGGGGUCGUGUGGAUGGGGUGGUCGACCUUUGUAUGUUCAAUGCUUUAUUUCUACAUUGCUUGCCUCUGCCAGUGCUCGCGGUACGGUUCGAGCCGUCGAUAACAAGAUCACAAUCGCCAGUUAUCGAUAACAACUAAGUAAAUACCUGAGGGAGGUGAAACUGAUAA